UCCGAGUUAGCAAUUUAGCACUGCUGAAACUGAAACUUCCGUCUCCUCAACCCACGACAGCGUCGACCGCAGCUUCCCAAAACCGCCUGGUCGGAAAACAUGACGUUCGUGGCCGUCGCCGUGAACGGAGGCGAAGGCAUCGGAGGAAGAGGAAGCAGGCGCGCACUCCGUUGGGCCGUCGAGAAAUGUCUUCCUACCGCCAACCGGUUCGCCUUAGUCCACGUCAUGCCAUUCGUCACUUCCGUCCCUACUCCAUCCGGCGAUCGGAUUCCGGUAGAAGAGCUGGACGGGAAAGUGGUGGCGCUAUACUUGCAGGAAGUGAGAAAGGAAGUUGAAGAAAUUUUCGUGCCGUUUGUAAAGCUCUGCAGAGAGCGAGCGGCAAAGAACGUCAAGGUUGAGACCUUGGUGCUGGAGGAUGACAACCCAGCGGCUGCCCUUGUGAGAUGUACAGCUCAAUUGGGGAUCACUACUUUGGUGUUGGGUUCUUGUUCUGCUAGUUGCUUACUGAGGCGAAAGCAAGCUGGCUUGCCUGCAAAUGUGUACAAGUCUGCUCCUGUGGCUUGCAACGUGCAUGUGGUACACAGAACUAAGGUGAAGACAAAGUUAGCUACUUCCUCUAUCAUCGAUGAUAUCAGCUCUAGAUGUGAGGUAGUUGGAGAAAAUGACUACAAGAAGUUGCUGACUGGUAUUGAUAACCAAGCUUCGGAGGUCCCCUCUUUCUCUAGAGAUUCUAAAGCUGUGACAUGCUUUGAUUCUUCAUCGGUGUCAGAUCUUUGUUGGGCAGAUAUUCAAGCAUUAGAAAAUGCACCCAACCCUUUUCAUGGCAGUUUAUGUAUGGAAGGAAUGGGGGAUACACUGGAAUACAAUGUGCUAUCCUCAAGCGUCGACAAGUGCUGUUCUACAUCAUCAUCUAAACGUGCCCAGUCAUAUGUGUACGAUGAGGUAGAGAAACUGCGGCAGGAGUUACGGACUACAAUAGCCAUGUAUAAACAAGCCUGUGAGGAGCUAAUUCACACGCAGAACAAGGUGGAGUUGCUAUCUUCUGAGUGUAUUGAGGAAUCAAGAAGAGUGAUGGAUGCCCGUGAAAGAGAAGAAACUUUGCAGAAGAUUGCUGCUGAAGAGAAAGCAAGAUGUGCCAAUGCAAUGGACGAGGUUGACAAGGCCAAGGAGUUGCUUGCCAAUGAGGUUUAUGAAAGGCAAGUUGCAGAGUUGAAAGCCAAUAAAGAAUCCUCAGGAAAACAGAGAAUUGUAGAUAAGAUGUUUGCAAGUGAUGCAAGGUGCAAAAAGUACACAAAGGAUGAAAUAGAAGUAGCAACAGAGUUCUUUGCUGAAGAUAAAGUGAUUGGUGAGGGAGGGUAUGGGAAAGUUUACAAAUGCAACGUUGAUCAUACCCCAGUAGCUAUUAAGGUUCUUCAGCGAGAUGCCCUGGGCAAGAAAGAGGAAUUUCUACGAGGUAGUUCUCUUCUGCAUGCAGAGACUAAUAAAAGUUGUUCAUUACUUCUGACAUUCAUAGAUUGUAAAAUGAAAAAAAUUGUGUUUCAUUGAUUGCACAAGUUAAUGAUCAAGAAAAAGUAUGUAACUAAGUACUGGAUCAGGUAGGUAGCUCUGAGAAAUUCAUCUGGUUAUGUUUCAUAGUUAGAACUGCACCGAAUACUUCGAUACAAUGGAGCUCAAAUUAACUUAGCUAGUAGCUUUGUUUUUGUGUGUGUCAAUGCUGUGUUGCAUAUUUGCCUCUGCUUCUCAACAUAAUAGUUACUGAUUACUAUUCUCUUCCAAUUCUUCACAGGUACAAGUUCUAAGCCAAUUACGCCAUCCAAAUCUCGUCCUGUUGCUUGGGGCAUGCACUGAGAGUGGUUGCCUAGUCUAUGAGUACUUGGAAAAUGGAAGCUUGGAAGAUUGCCUCUUGAACCAUAGUGGGAAAAUUCCUCUUCCUUGGUUCGUUCGUUUCAAGAUCGUCUUUGAAAUUGCUUGUGGGCUCUCAUUCUUGCACAACUCAAAGCCAGAGCCCAUUGUCCAUCGUGAUCUGAAACCAGGGAAUAUACUUUUAGACAGAAACUACGUGAGCAAGAUUGGAGAUGUUGGGCUAGCAAAACUCAUUACUGAGGUUGUCCCUGACAAUGUCACCGAAUACAGAGACUCUAUGCUUGCUGGUACCCUUUUUUACAUGGAUCCUGAGUACCAGAGGACGGGGACCAUCCGCCCCAAGUCGGAUCUGUAUGCCUUUGGGAUUAUAGUUCUCCAGGUGCUGACCGGAUGCCGCCCAAAUGGACUUCUGGUGCGUGUGGAAGAAGCAGUUAGAUGUGGCACUUUGGCCAACAUUCUAGAUCCAUCCAUUGCAGAUUGGCCACUUGGUGAAGCCAAGGAGCUUGCCCAAAUUGCUCUGAACUGUGUAAAGCUUCGUUGCAGAGAUAGGCCAGAUCUCGAUACUGAAGUACUGCCAGUUCUUAGAAGACUCGGCGAAGUAGCAGAUGCUAGCAUGAAGACAGAGAGAUGCAGCAUCUAUGCACCAAGCUACUAUUUUUGUCCAAUCCUUAAGGAAGUAAUGGAUGAUCCUCACAUUGCUGCUGAUGGUUUCACCUACGAAAAAAUAGCCAUCAAGACAUGGCUGGAGAGGCACAACAUUUCUCCAGUGACAAAGCUUCGACUCCAACAUUCUGACUUGACCCCAAAUCACAUGUUACGCUCUGCGAUUCGUGAAUGGAUGUCUCGGGUGAAUUCUCAAUAGCUUUUCAAAGCAUCAGUAAUCUUGUAUCAUCGAAAAGGUUGCUGCCCAAGUUUCUCCCCUGUAACUCAUCUUCCUUUAGAAGUCGAUGAUGACCGUUUGUCAGCAGUACUGUACAGCAUAUGGUACACUCGGAGCGAAUUGAGAAAACGAAACUGGUUACAGAAAGUUGUAAUUCAUAACAUAAGAAACCAGCAUAUACACAAAGAUAUAGGAAACAAGAAAGGUGCAUAUAUUUGAAGGGAAGUGUUACUCUGUACAGUGCUGUAAUUCAUCUACUCUUGCAUAUAUUCGGAUACUGCAUGAAAAAAUUUAAUGCCAUUGUGAGCUGAAGCUGUAGGGAAGUCAAUCGACUUGAGUGAACUCCAGCGCAUUCGCAUCCGGAUCGCGAGUGAAGAUUGCAGGCCUCCCGGACCGGCUAAGUGUGUAGGGAUGUCCUGCUUCGUCGAGGAUCUCUUUGAGCUUGGAGACAUCUCGAAUGGCGAGGCAAGCAUGGCGGUCGCGGCCACCAUGUUCAGGGCGUCCGGUUAAAGGGUCCGGAUUGGGGAGCUCCAUCAGAUGGAUCAUCUCGGCGCCCACCCACAACCAAGCUCCUCUGUAUGGAAGCUUGUCGUGAGGCCUUGCCUCGUUUAUCUCAAGACCCAGCAUCCCCUGGUAGAACUCGAGCGACGUUUCGAGGUUGUCGCAGAGGAUUCCGACGUGGUGAACUCCGACGACUCCAUAAUCGAUUUUGGGAUUGGUUGUGGCGGUGAUUGAUUCUUGUUUGUCGACGGGAGCGACAUUUGGUUGAGAAGAUAGGUUGGGUCUUGUUCUUCUGAACCGGCCACCGGCGGUGGGUUUCAAAUUUGAGGAGAGAGGAAGAAGGGAGCAGGGUUGACGGAGGAGGUUGGCGGGGACGGCGGUGGAUGAUGGGGUGAGUGGAAGAGAAGCCAUGGCAGCGGGAGAAGGACGGGGAUUAGCUGCAGUUGAUUAGAAUGGUUACUUGUUUUCCGUGCUCUGUUCUUGUUCCAAAGUGAUUCUCAUGGCUGCUCUGCUAAUUCCAGCGACUCAAUUCAGGCCACCAGUUUUUUGGCACUGAGGUCCACCAUUCGGUGGUAAAAAUUAUCCGGAGAUAUGGGCCUAGAGGUGGGCCGUACGCUUGCUGCAAAUUUGAGCCCAGUCAAAGAGGUCCGGUCCGACCCCUUACGCUUGUUCUCGGAUCCAAUAGUAGACCAACGGGACGGUUUCCAUCUGAUCAGUCCAUGGGGAGAGAUGAGAUUGCGCUGAU